GCUGCUGGUGGUGCUGCGUGGACAAAAAUACACGAGACGGGUUUAAAAACUCCGGUCGAGAGGGGAUACGUGCACUUCAUUUGAACUGACACGGAAUCAGUAUCAUAAAUUAGUUUAAAGGAGCAACUACUUUGUGGACACGUGUAUGCAGUUACUUUUGACUGGACGCAUUGUUUUUUGUUUCUGUACGUUUUCUUUGCGCUGGAUUGUAAAUGGUUUGUACAGUUGGACACACAGGGUCGUUUUUGACGGACGUUUUGUAGGACCGAAUAAAUCUCUUGUGGGUCUUUGGAUAAAGUGAUCAUGCAGGGAGUCGGGACUUUGGUGCUGGGGACCCUUCUGGUCUCUGUGUUCUCAGCUGUCUCGGUCCACAGCAGCCCUUUGUCUUCCCUGCCGCCCGCCUCUGUUCCACGAGUCUUCCUGUCCUUCAAAGAGCUGAAGUCUACUGGAACCGCCCAUCACUUUGCCUUCCUGCUCAACUCGACGGACUAUAGAAUCCUCCGUAUGGACGAGGACCAUGAUCGCAUGUACGUGGGCAGCAAGGACUUCAUCCUGUCUCUUGACCUGAAUGACAUCAACAAAGAGCCCCUCAUUAUUCACUGGCCUGUGGCUCCUCAAAGGAGGACCGAGUGUGUCCUCUCAGGGAAAGACAUCAAUGGCGAGUGUGGUAAUUUCAUCCGUCUAAUCGAGUCAUGGAACAGGACUCACCUGUAUGUGUGUGGAACGGGAGCUUAUAACCCCAUCUGUACCUAUGUGGACAGAGGUCAAAGGGCACAGGGCUUGCUCCAAGAUCAGAUGCCUCGCGCAGGAGGCCGAACCAGUCGAGCUGCAGACCCUAGUGCCUCACCAGAACCAUACGCACCCAAGGAAUACAUUUUCCGACUGGAGCCUGGCAAAGUAGAUUCUGGGAAAGGGAAAUGCCCCUACGACCCCAAACUAAACAGCGUCUCAGCUUUGAUAAAUGGCCAGCUGUACGCCGGCGUCUACAUUGAUUUUAUGGGAACAGACUCGGCCAUAUUUCGCACAUUGGGCAAACACACAGCCAUGAGGACCGACCAGUAUAACUCCCGCUGGCUCCACGAUCCAACAUUCGUCCAUGCUCAGCUCAUCCCUGAUAGUGCAGAAAAGAAUGACGACAAGCUGUAUUUCUUCUUCCGUGAGAAAGCCUCUGAGAUGGGUCAGACUCCCAUGGCUCAAUCCAGGAUUGGCAGAAUUUGUUUGAAUGAUGAUGGAGGACACUGCUGUCUGGUGAAUAAGUGGAGUACUUUCCUGAAGGCUCGGCUCAUCUGCUCUGUGACCGGCUCUGAAGGCAUUGAGACACAUUUUGAUGAGCUCCGGGACGUGUACAUCCAGAAAACCCAAGACAUCAAGAAUCCUGUCAUUUACGGUGUCUUCUCCGUAUCUGGGUCGGUAUUCAAAGGUUCAGCAGUUUGUGUGUAUUCAAUGGCUGAUGUCCGCAUGGUCUUUAAUGGACCUUUCGCUCAUAAGGAAGGGCCAAACUACCAGUGGGUUGCCUACCAGGGUAAAAUCCCUUACCCCCGACCAGGAACAUGUCCAGGAGGGACGUUCACCCCCAACAUGAAGUCUACUAAAGAUUACCCAGAUGAGGUUAUCAACUUCAUGCGCAACCAUCCCACCAUGUUCAAUUCUGUUUAUCCAGUCCAUAAGCGCCCCCUAGUGGUCCGUACCAAUGUGGAUUAUGAGUUCACCACCAUCACAGUGGACCAAGUGGCUGCAGCUGAUGGCAACUAUGAAGUUCUUUUCUUAGGAACAGAUAGAGGAACCAUUCAGAAAGUUAUUGUCCUGCCCAGAGAUGAUUUGCAGACUGAAGAGCUGGUUCUGGAGGAGGUGGAGGUCUUUAGAGUUCCAACUCCAAUCAUUACUAUGAAGAUUUCCCCAAAACGGCAACAGCUGUAUGUAAGUUCAGCGGCGGGUGUCACUCAUCUGGCUCUGCACAGGUGUGAUGUGUACGGAGAGGCGUGCGCUGACUGCUGCUUGGCCAGAGACCCUUACUGUGCCUGGGAUGGAAAGUCCUGCUCUCGCUACUCUGCAAACCAAAAAAGGCGGAGUCGGAGACAAGAUGUGAAGUAUGGCAACCCUAUAAGACAAUGCAGGGGCUACAAUUCCAAUGCUAAUAAGAACACGUUGGAGACAGUACAGUAUGGAGUAGAGGGAAGCACAGCCUUCCUGGAGUGCCAGGCCAGAUCUCCUCACGUGUCAAUCAAGUGGCAUUUCCAGAAAGAGAACAGUGAUAGAAGGAGAGAGAUCCGCUGUGACGGGCGCGUCGUUCGCACGGAGCAGGGUCUCCUCCUGCGCUCUCUCCAGCUGUCUGACGGAGGGGUAUACCAGUGCACCUCCACCGAGAAGAACUUCAAGCACACGCUGGUCAAGCUUCAGCUAGUGGUUCUUUCCGCCCGCACCAUCAACAGCAUCCAGACGGACUUCAGCGCUCCCGUCACACCGCCUCUCCAGUCCAGCGCCUGGACGCCCAGCGCAGAGCAGUACAAAGACCUGCUGACCAUCCUCAGCCAACCAGAGAUGGGCCUCAUCAACCAGUACUGCCAAGACUACUGGCAGAUGGGGGACGACCAACACAAGAAGAAGGACCUCAAGGAAGUACAGAAGGACCUACGGAAGCCGAGGAACAGGAGACACCACCAGGAGCAGAGCAGCAUGGCUGAGACAUGAGAGGGGAAAACAUCCCGCUCCAUCCAAACAGAGAUUUCCCUGCUAGACUUGAGGUUGACCUCAAAGUCUCUGACCGCCAUUACACACAAAAUAUUCAACGUAUACCCACAACCAUCAUGGCCGAGGAGAAAAUAAACAGUACGUUUUUGAAAAUGCAUAGUAUUUAUUGUAGGCUGUACAUAGUUCGAUUCUGUGGAUAUCUUUGUAUGGAAAUAGAGCAAAAAAAAAAAGGUUUUGUGUAUAGAUCUGUGCAAAUAUUUUGUUAUCAUUGUACUUCCCUUCCAAUAUAUUUAUUACAACGGUAUUCACGUCAUAAAACACCGUGCGACUGUUAUAAAACUUUGUGUACAUACCACUAACAGGAUAGUUGGACAUUUGAAACUCCUGAUGGACAGUUUGACUGCGCUUGAUGUUUGGAUACCAGAGCUGUGAUGGGACUGCGUCAGAAGCCGUGGACUCUUUUAGCUGAGCACGUGUUCUCAUUCUGCAGAUGUACGGAUAAAGGAAUUUCCACGUCUAUUUGAGUAUUCUGUGACCUCCCAAAAGACUUUCCUCGAGAAACACUUUAUCACUCAUCUUUUAAUCUUCUUGAUCUUCCAUAUUUUGCUAUGCUAAUGUGUGUUAAAUAUAAAGUCGUUUCUGUGCGUUAUAUAUUUGGUUUAUUAUUAAUUACAGCCUCCUGUACAGUAUGUACAUCACUUUUUGUUUUGUUCUUUUCAUUUAUAUAAAUAUAUUGCUCGCAAAGAAUCUCAAAAAGUUGGCGGUUCAAAACCUGUCCAUCUCUUUGCAGAGCAGAGUUGUUUAAAGCAUUGUUUAAAUUGUUUUGUUUUUUAAAGCGAAUCUUAAAUAUGUAACUCUCCUGACAUUUUAUGUAAAAACAAAAACAAAAAAACUUUAGGUGAUCAUUUGGAAGCGUUAAAUCAUUUGGAACUAAACUUGUUUGAGUUUGCAUGAACUGUAUUUGUACUGUACAGAUAUGUAGUCGAAUUCUGGAUGUGUUGCUGUAUGGUCUUUGACAAUGAACCGAGAGAGAGAGAGAUGAAGAGAGAGACUUUUCUGAAGACCGGCGACUUUGCCGAACUAGUGAUGGAAUCAAGCACAAUUACCUGAUGUGUGUGUUUCGCCUCUGUUGUGUUUUCUCAAAACACACAGCUAACAGGCUGUGUGAAAUUGUUGUUGUAAAAAAAAAAAAAUUCUUUCAUUUGUAAGACAUUAUUCAUCACUGUGGUUUGUCCUAUUGUUUUGUCUUUCUUAGAAUAUUCUAAUGUGAAAAAGAUCCAGAAUUAGAUGUUAUAAACAGGUAAUGUUAUCGUAA